AUGUUUGAUAUGGGAUUUGAUCGCAUACACUCAGGGUUUUCAAUGACUUACAAAUGCUACUCGCAUUUGUUAACCCCUGGAAAAUCGAGGGAUGACUUGAUGGAUGGUGGCAAAAUUCUACUUCCACAGUCGGCGUUGGAGUAUUUAACUCGUAUGAACACAACUAAUCCAAUGACGUUUAAAUUAACUAAUUCGGCAACCAAUAAAAGUCUACAUUGCGGUGUCCUGGAGUUUGUCGCUGAUGAAGGACAUAUUCAUGUUCCAUACUGGAUGAUGCAAAAUCUUAGUUUAGAGGAAGGAGAUCCUGUUCAUGUUAAAAGUGUCGUCUUACCCACUGCAACUUUUGCUCGUUUUCAGCCUCAAUCAGUUUCUUUUCUGGAUAUCUACGAUCCAAAAGCUGUUUUGGAGUUUGCUUUACGAAAAUUUGCUUGUCUCUCGGUUGGAGAUGUUAUACCAAUCACCUACAACGACAAUCAAUACGAUCUUAAGGUUCUAGAGUUGAAACCCAACAAUGCCGUUCAAAUUAUUGAAUGCGACAUGAGCGUGGAUUUUGCACCGCCUGUGGGUUAUGUGGAAAAUAGCAAACCCAAGCCAGUAGUACCUGCUUCUGAUGAUACUAAUGAAUCACUCAUCCCAGAUCACGCCAAGGGAGUGAGGGUCUUCGGUGGUACAGGAAUUAGGUUGGAUGGAAGGGUUGUUGAAUCUGCUUCCACCGCUGCAUCUAAAGCUAGCUAUGUCAUCUCUGAACGAGGUAAACCUAACUACGAUUACAAACCUGGUAAUCUUACUUUCCUGAGAGUAACUAAGAAGCAUGAGGCUGAGGAUGCUUCAACUUUCAAACCAUUCGUCGGCAAAGGGAUUAAGCUGAAGGGUGAAAGCUGA